UAGAGAUUAGCGCCCUCAUUGGUGACUUUUUAAGCAGCUUUGUGUGCCAUUGUGAGAGCGGGAAGGAAAUUCGACGCGUCGCGUCCGUAUAUUAGUGCAUAUAUUUUUGUUGUUUUCAACCCAUUACUAGUGUAAUAUUAAAUUGUUUAAAAUGUCUACCUAUGGGUCUUUCGGGAAAGGUCCGUUUAUAUCCAGCACGGCGCUAGUGGAGCGUAUGGUACUACAGUGUGCGAACUGCAUGACACUGCAGGAGAUUCGCAACCUCGAUCUCUCAGGGCGAAAAAUAGCCACGCUCGACCCAGCCGUGUUUUGUCGUAUGCAUGAUCUGGAGACCCUAAAUGUCUCGAACAACAAGAUUUCUGGAUUUGACUAUAACCUCGGUUUGAGAAAACUGCGCAAGUUGGACAUCAGCAAGAAUAAGCUGACCUCAGUACUGACCCUUGAGCAGUUCCUUGAGGUUGAAGAGUUGGACCUCAGAGAUAAUGAUCUAGCAACAUCAGAUCACUAUAUUGCUGUUUACAUGUUGCCCAAGCUGAUGACUCUGAAUGGCCAGGACAUUGACUUCCGUGGCACCAUUGACAACAUGGAAGCCGAGUUAGCAACCAAGGUUGUUAGUGUUUGGGAAGAAGAGUUUGCGGGUCAUGCUAUUGGUAUGACGGAAAAGUCGGACAUUCUAGCGCUUGAACAAACCUUUAUUGAACGGCUCAAGGAACGAGUGCAGUUCGGUGCUGAUGCUCUCAUGGAAUUCACGCAUUAUAUGCUAACUGUAUUAGCUGAAAGACAAAUUACUCAGGUAUUUGGAAUUGUUCGAAAGCCUCUGCUGGAAAAAGCAAAGUACACUGCACCUCCUGAAGAACAAACAUCCAACCAAACGGAAAAGAGACCGUUUUCAGAAGAGAAAACUGCCACCGAGGUCAUCAGAGUUGUAGACGUGUCACCGAACGGAGAACAGCAACGAGAUAUAGUGAUUCAUUCUGAACCUUCUCCAAAGAAGCCUAAAGUUGAUGAUAAAGAGAAUGUUAAAAUAGAAAAUAUGGAUACCACCCAAGCAUCAGAAGCACCGGAAACGGUGCCUAAUGGUGAGACAUCAACUGACCAGGAAACUGAAGCAGAAACCACAAAGACUGAUGCACCAGUAGAGAGUACACCAGAAGAGACUGCUUCUAAAGAGUGUCUUUCCAUAAAGAGUGAAACUGCAGAUGAUGGUGUAAACACAGAUGCAGAUAUGUCAACAGAGGGUAACCAAGACUCUACAUCAGAAGCUACAACUUCUAAACCAGCCAAAAAGACAGCAGAAAAAAGUAAGCCAGCAGAGAAUAAGACGCCAGCUAAGAAAACAGAAAACAAAACACAAGUAAAAAAGACUGAGAAAACAGAAACCAAAACACCAGCUAAAAAGACUGUGAAAGAGGCAGAAACUGUUACACCACAGCCAGAGAAAAGGGGCAGAGGUAGGCCUAGAAAACAUCCCAUUGGGGAAACACCAGCAAAGGAUGCAAAGGUUAAAGAUGCAAAAGUAAAGGAGACACCGGCAAAGGCUAAAGAUGCAAAGCAAAAGAAAACACCACUAGUGAAAAAGAAAAAAGAUGAUACACCACAGCCAUGGAUGCCACCAAAACGUGAUGUAACACUGAGUAAGAAAGAGAAUCCAAAGUUUGAGGGUGUUCAUUUCCUUCGUUGUCAUUCUCUGGAGAACAAUCCGAGUGAUGAUAGUAGGAAUGUUUGGAAAUGUGCGUUUGAACCAGAUCCAGCUAACCCAAAAAAUAGUACAUCAACUGUUGCAACUUGUGGUGGAAACUCUGUUUGCCUGAUUGAUUGCAAGACAGGGAAAGUAAUGAAACGUUACAAGCAUGAAAAUGUCGAGGAGGAAUUUUACUGCCUAGCAUGGACAACAUUAGAAAUGGAGGUUGGCGACUCGAAGGGUGCACGUAAAAGCAACAUAUUGGCUAUUGGAGGUGCACGUGGGGACGUGAAGCUCCUGCACCCAGAGCAAUUGAUUUGUUACGCUCAGUUGAGAAAUGCACGCAAGACGUGCUCGAUAAACACAUUGGUAUUUCACUCGGAAAAACCCACAUGGCUUUUCAGUGGAGCUGAGGAUGUUGUACUCUGGGAUAUUGGCAUCCCCUCUGGUCCAGAUUACAAAUGUAAAUGGGUAAAAUUGUACUCGUUUCUUCCUCCGGGCACUGGAAGAGUUCUUGGGAUUGUGUACUCCCCACCAAAUGACUAUGUCAUUGCAGGCUGUGAAAAUGGAUGUUAUGGUUGGAAUCUACAAAACAAAUCAAGCAAAAAAGAAAGGUCACAUACUUUGGAGUUUUUGUUGCCAAGCGUUGCACGUAGUGAGGAUAAUGAAGACGACGAUGAGGGUGAUACCAUUGACGGUAUGGCUGCCAUUGAUGAUGACAUUAUCGUUAGUAAAGUUGCGGCUGACAAGACAAUUCAGAUUUGGAGUUUGUCAGAAGCGCGAGAAAAGCAGCAAGCCCGAAAGAAAGACAUUGAAAUUAACCCUCUGCAUAGCCUCAAUUGGUCCACCACUGACAACAUCUAUAUACUACUAAAUACCUGGCCAGGUUGUGGGCAUAUCGUGUGUGGCGAUGCAAAUGGACCAGUCUGGCUGUAUGAAGUCAAAGAUGUGAAAAAAGGUGCAAACAAGAAAGAAUUGGAUCCAAAUCCCUUGCAGUUGUUGGACAUCCCUGCAGGGACAGUGAGUUUAUCAAAGAAUCAACAUUUGAUUAUCAACGACGUUGCCAUCAGCUCAGAUGCAAAUUUCAUUGUAGGAGUUACAAGCAAGAAUAUGGUUUGUAUUUGGAAGCGAACAUAGUCAUGAAUUGAACUAAAAGUAUUAAUUGGGGUAAAACAAGGCAGAAACAGACCAUUCCAUUCAGUCAACAGGGGAAACUGUUUCAAAAUAAAUUGUUUAAUGAAAAAAAUUACGAUAAAAAAUAACCAUUACUUGUAAUUUGGGAUCAUUUAAUUGAAAUUGUCAAUCUUAUUUUCUUAGUAAACCAUGUAAAUAUUAACAAAGUAUAAAUAAAGUUAAGGAUCCCUAAAUUAUUAAUCUUUUUUAUAAAGUUGCAUUGUAGUUUGUUUUUUUUAGUUUGACAUGCACUAGACAGAAACGUAGACAACAAAGCCUAAAUCCAGGUCCACCAGCUUGAGAAUUAUUGUAUAAUUAGAAUAAGUUAAACUGUGAAACAAAUUCUGGUUGUAACACUAUAAUACCUGCCUACAACAUUAGUGUACUCUUUAUACCUGGAUACAUGUCCAAUCAAUUUAAAUAUGUUUUAAUGUCAAUUAAACUUUUAAAAUAAACCAAAAAUCAUUGUAAUAUGGUUUGUAUACUCAGUAUAUUUAGUGUAAAUGAUUUAAUAUUACUAAAUGCACUCUGUUCCCUUUUGAAUAUUGGUACUCCGAUUAGAUUGCACAUUUUUUUGUAAUGGUUUUUAAUAGAAUAUGUGUAUAUUUAACAGUAUAAUUUAAAACCAUUAUUCAAAUAAAAAGUUGUCGGAUACAGAUAGCACCUUUGUGAUUGAGGCAAGUGGCUGCAUCGUCACCUUAACCAGGCUGUAUGUGGUGUGCAAGUCAUUAUCAUAACAUGGAAUUAUAAUAAUACUCGCAUGAUUAAUAUAUUAUUGUCAAAAAUCAAUGCGACAUCAGUCCUAUUUAAAGGUAGAAUCUAGGGAUUUACCAGUGCAUCUGGCACUUCUCGCUAUUAUGUGGCUUGCAAUGGCAAAUACAAUAUAAUGAACAUAUCAGAAAAUUGUUGUUACAUACACCUAAAUUCCUUUGAAGUAUAGACCUAAUGUAUUUGUGUAUAUACAAUGAUAAAUUUGGUAAUGAGUUUGGUCCCCAACGAUAAAUCAUUGAUUAGGAAUAUGUCUGUAUUUGCCUAUGUGUGGGGAAUUAUUCACAAUCUUAGCACAUUACAGUAGGCUGAUAUUUGAUCUAGUAAAAAAGAAACAUGUGAUCAAGUGAAAUACCCAGAAAAAUCUGUUCAGACCCUUUAUGCCCAUUCCAGACUAUCAAAUUUUAUUUGACAAAAACAUGUGACAUGCCUAAAUAUGGUCAUGAUGACAUCACAUCAUGACCAUAUAUAGGCACAAUAUGACUAUAUAUGGGCAGACAUUUUUUUGUCAAUUAAAAUUUGACAAUCUUGACAUAGCUUAAGACACUUGUGUGAACAAUUGUGUACAAGUAGGAAUAUUCAAGUGUGUGUGAUACUAGUCUGAUUAUCAUCAUAAUAGGAAUAAAUAAGACAAGGCUAAAAUACGUUCUUAGCCUUGUGUCCCCAGUAGGAAACAUAAACCCAGAUCCUUCUAAUAACUUACAGUUCAGCCAUCCUGGUGUAUUCAGAUUUAAUUUGUCAUGCUUGGAAUUGUCUUAUAAAAUGAUAACAAAAAGACAUUUGCUACUGUAUUGGAUUCAAGUCCUCAAUUUCAUAGUAUAUUUAUAUUUCUAUACCUAUAUUUACUGUUGCUAAUUAUCAGUUAUCAGGGUUGUUUUUAAUUUAAAUUUACAUUUCCAAACUUAUGCAAGACAAAAAAGCUGUUACUGCAAGUUUCCAAAGUCUAUCUAAAAAAAAAACCUUAAAUAUCUAUAUUACCUGGACUUCUUUUUCCAAGACACCCACCAGGCACGUAAUAUUUACAGUACAUAAUUACAUUCUCAGCAUCGAUGAAAAAAUAAGUUGUUACGAACCACUUUUAGUUUAUGUUAAUUAAUAUUAUGGUUACUUUAUGUAUAUGAUUUUUUAAGGAUCAUAUUAUGGGUAAGAUUCUGAAAUUGAUUUAUAUGCCCUUCAGAUAUAUUAUCAUCACUGCUUCCUCAAACUUGUGCUGUCCUCGGUGUUAGUAUGCUUACUAAUUAUUUUUCAACACUGGAAAUGGCUUCUGAAAUGUGUUAUAUAGUAUGUUUUGUCUGUUUUAUUUUUUCUGAAUUUUUUAAAAUUUUGUAGUUAUGCAAGCAAUUUUUCCAGACUGAAACAUAGAAUCUAAUUAGAUAUGUUUAAAUUUUGUCAUUGUUAAUGUGUUUUACCUUCCAACUACUGUAUAAUCAUGUUAAUCAAUAAACUGGUAAUGGAUUUAUUUGACUUACAGUAUUUUGCAAAAUGUUUGAAUGAAAUGGUAUACAGCAAGGCCCAGUAUAAGUGAUUUGACAAUACUGUAUAUGCAAUUCAACUUGAAAGUGGGGAAAGUUUUAUUCAACCAAAUUAUAUCAUGUGUGAUCGUAUGUAAGGAAAAAAUGAAAUAGGCCUACUGUCAUAGAUUAGCUGCUUGAAAAUUGUCAAUACAUACGUUGUUUUUAAUUUUACAA